AUGUUAUCAGUGAGCACGUUGACAUCAGUGGCUACAUGGUCUUGGAUAUCGCCUGCGAUAACGUUGAAUAAGUUGGUCUUAGAUGAAACAGUGCUAGAUGAAACAUCAGCCAGAUCAGUCUCUCGAACUCGUAAAGUGUCGAAGUCACCGGCGCGCAUAAAGCUAACAUCGCCGAAAUCUGAGCCAAGGAAGAAAAAAGCUCCAGCAAAAGUGCCGUCUCGCUCAAGAUCAGCCAGUAGAAGCAGAGGACGUGCUAAAAAGGAAAAACAUGUGAAAUCACCGAAGAGCGUGAGCAGAUCGCAGUCCCGAGGACGGACGAUUAAGCCCACCAAGCGACUAUCCAAGUCUCCAGUACAGAAAAGGAUGAAAUCACCGACAAAGAUCUCGCCGCCAAAGCCAUCACCAGUCAAAAGAGCUAGUGUGAAGAAGACACCCUCAACAAGAACACCGGCGCCAAAGACGCCUGCGCCGAAAGUAGAAGAACCAAAAGCGCCGGCGCCAAAGCCCACACCGGCAAAGACACCAUCAUUUGUAGCAAUGGCUUCAGACUUACGUCCAUCUCGUAGCUCCGAGAAAAGGGUGUAUACAUCUACACCGUUGGAGUCAGCGAUGCGACAACGAUAUUUGCGACAUGAGAGUUCUAGCCCAUCACCUAUAAAGGUCACUCCAAGAAAGCAACCUUCCACAGUAUCAAGAAUGUGCAACGGUGCCUUCGGAUCAGUUCGUGCUGCUGGGCGAUCCCUCUGUGGUGUAUCCCGUGCUGCUGGUCGUUCCGUUUGCAGUGCAUCUCGCGCGGUCGGUCAAUCAAUCUGUGGUGCCUCUCGUGCCGCAUGUUGCAAUGUAGUUCGCAAUCGUCGUGAAAUCCUUGUGUCUUUUGUUCUGCUCGCCAUAAUCGCUGCGCUCACGUAUUUCAUACUCUACACAGAUCCAGCUAAGACUCGCGCCUUCAUUCACUCUAUUCCCAUCAAAGUGCAAGCAUGGUAUCAAAAACACAUCGCACGUAAAUAA